CGAGAGGUCUCAGUUUUUUAAACAGCACUACAUAUAAGCGUAAUAAUUUACUUAUCACAUAUACUGGGAGAAAACAGGUUCGUUUGAUAUGUUGACAGAGUGUUUCAUCGGGUUCUUGGUUAUUGCUUUAACCAAGUGGAUUUAUGACAGAUUAACGCGAAAAAGAUGCACGGUUCCAGGGCCGUAUGGAUUACCUUUAAUCGGGAAUAUACACCAAAUCGGCAAAUCACCAUUUCCAUUACUUGAGAAGUGGAGGAAAACGUAUGGAGAUGUCUAUAAAAUCAACUUGGCAAUGUCUGAUGUAGUUGUUGUACACGGGGAAGCAAUUUAUGAAGUUCUCGUCACGAAGGGCGAUGACUAUGCAGGACGACCUCCGAGUGAAAGAUUUAGGUUAAUAAACGACUACCAAGAUAUUUUAAGCCGUUCGGCUGAUGCACAAUUAAAAGAUUACCGUAAGAUAGCUCACCAAGGAUUGCGGCAAUAUGGAACCGGUUUUGAUCGCAUUGAGCAAAUCAGCAUGGAUGAAAUUCAAGAUUGUGUUGAAAGGUUUGAUCGGGAUGAUUCGUUUGAUCCAUAUGAAGACAUGUACCUCACAGUAGCAAAUAUUGCGCUUAUUAUGUUAAUGGGAGAGAGGUUUGAUAAAAAUGAUGAUAUGUUCAAACUAACCUUAAAGGUUGAUAGGGAUGCCGUCAGAGUAUUUGGUAUUGAUUGCGCAUAUAUGGAUAUUCUCCCCUGGACGAUAAACAUUCCGCAUGAGUCUGGGAGACUUUUGAAAGAGGGUUUAGUGAAUGUGAACACCUUGAAGGAGCUAUGCUUUGACAAGACAAAGAAAACCUUUGAUGGAGAUAAUAUUAGGGGUGUGUUUGAUGCUAUCUUCAAGGAACAAGAAAGGCGUAAAAACACAGAUCAACCUUUGAGUGAUGCAGCGUUUAAGGGCAUAUCUGUGAAUCUUAUUCUUGCAGCUAUUCUGACAACAUCAACUGCUCUGAAAAGUAUGAUAGCAUACCUGUUGGACUACCCAGACAUCCAGGAAAAACUUCACAACGAAAUUGAUGACGCUAUUGGAGAAAGGAUUCCUACAUUGGAUGAUAGGAAACGCACGCCAUAUAUGGAAGCGUUUAUCCUUGAAUCGUUAAGGUACAUGUCCCACAUUCCAUUUGCGAUUCCACACGAGACAAUGGUGGACGUCACUCUGAAAGGGUACUUUAUCCCUAAGGGAACGCAGGUAUGGACCAAUUUAUUCAGCCUGCAUCACGACGAGCGGUACUUCCCCGACCCAUGGACUUUCAAACCAGACCGAUUUUUAGAUGAUGCAGGAGAAUUGAUUCCAACGGACCAACGAAAGUUAUUGAUGCCAUUUGGGGCAGGACGAAGAGUUUGUGUCGGUGAACAAAUGGCAAGAGUUCGAAUUUUCCUUUUUAUGACGACAAUGCUUCAACGAUAUGAGUUUCUGCCUGAAAAGCCCGGGUGUCUGCCAAAAUACGAUCCGAGGGACAGUAUCCUUGGUGCCCCUAUGAAAAUGAAAGACUACAAGAUACGCGUCAAGAAAAGAGACUAGACUACGUAUAUUGUUUUUGACUAUAGACAAGACUAUAAAUGGUGCCUUUAACCAUAUCAUCCGUUUGAACACGGGAUAUGAAAGGCCGGCUACUGAUGAGCGUAAAAUUGAAGGACCAAAUUAAACCAAUUGAGCUUACGAUUUUUUUGAAAGGGUUUUUACUAGAUGCAUCGAAUUUGUCAUUUUCUGAUUUAUUAUAUUCUGAUGAAAAGAAUUAAGAUUCAAACGCCGAGAGGAUUUAAUGCGUUAUUCAAAGGGAACGUUUGGUUACAAAACUUACAGAGGGGUAUAAUACGAGUACAUAAAAAUGGAACUCUUACCAUACAUAAUGUGAGAACUACAGGACAUAAACUUAAGAACCAGAUAGGGAGGUAUCAUUGAUAAUUAUAUAUUCAUUGCCCAAUUUUUGGGGCACCAUGUAAUAUCUGAAGAGCACCUAUCAAAGUGGUGCCUCGAUCACAAAGCAACGAUUUCUAAGCUGGCCAUUUUCAAAAAAUAUCACUCGAUAUGUCAUGACAUCUUGGAACCAUAUUUUCUAAAAAUGUUUAACUUGAACUGUGA